AUCCGUCGGUGUGACUGACUAUGCAGCAAUCGAGUCAAUGGCAUAGAAGUAUAUAGGUGCUUUUUAUUCGUUUUAGGGGGAAUGGAGGAGAUAAAAGAUGACAAGACGUACAAGGGGUUUGUAGAUAGACUCACCCUCGGUAUCACUCGAGUUCUGGAGAGUCUCCCAGGUGUGCUGGAUGUACGGUUUGUAGAGAAAGCCCCCGCAGAAAAGCGAUGCCUUCUCUCCUGGGAGCAGAAAAACAACUGCGCUUUGCCGGAAGAUCUCCGAGAUUUCUAUCUCACAACAGAUGGCUUCAUGCUUGCCUGGAACUCCAAGCUGGAAAAUGAAGUAGUUCCAGUGGGUUGCAUGAUGAUCAACAACGUUGCUCAAUUACGCCCUCUGAUUCAGUCAAAUGUAUAUUGCCUCCCCAAUGCACCAACCUUAGCUGAUCUUGACUUUGACGAUGACAUAGACGACGGCCCAGAAAAGCCUCAUUUUGAUUUGCGCAGUCGCAUCUUUGAGCUAGACUCCUGCAAUGGUAAUGGCAAAGCUUGCCUUGUUUACAAGAGCUGCUCUCCAGGUGUAAUGGCCCAGCAGUGUGAGGUGUGGUUCUUGGACCGAUCACUUUUCUGGCACUAUCUUACCCCCUCUUUCACUGCCUACUACCGGCUUAUGAUCACUCAUCUGGGGCUGCCAGAGUGGCAAUAUAAUUUCACUUCGUAUGGCCCCAGCCCACAAGCUAAGCAAUGGGCCGCUCUUUACCAGCCCCUGACGUUUCACAGUGACCCCCAUCUCGAUACAUCCAGUGAGCCUUUUCUGAACAAACUGGACCCAACAAAGGCAUUUCGUGGCAAAGCCAAGCCACCCACUCCAAAAAAGAAGCAGCCAACACAGGUGCCAGCAAGCGGUGCAGGCACAGCUAAAGGACAAGGGCUCUCCGGGAGACAUAGUGUAGCCAAACGAUGAAUAUAAACAAUGU